UUUAUAUUAUCUUUUUUCUAUUCUCCGUCUCAGUGUUCAGCUCCCCAUGUUUUGACGCGACAUCAGCUUUCUUCUUCUCCCAGACAGCCUCUCGAUAAAACGCGGUUAUUUUUCAUCUCACUCCGCCAUAAACCCUAGCUUUUCUCUUUUUCCUCUGUCUCGAUCUCUGCGUCCGCGAAGAAUCGAUUCACGAAUUACGAUCGUCGGGGAAUGGAUGAUGAGGGGAAUAAGUUCGAUCACCGUGAGUUCACCGCCGAUUCGAGCGGCUGGGCGCUGCGCGGCGACGCCGACGGGGCGUACUACUUCGGCGACGGCGGCGUUGAUAAGGAGGAGAGCAGCAUCCUGAGCGACUUCGGCUGGAAUUUUCAACCGCUCGACGGACUUCACGGGGCCGGCGGAGGCGGCGGAGGAGGAGGAGUUGGAGCGUUCGAUCUGAUCCACUCGGAUUUGGCGGGAAAUAACGGUUGUGUUUCUGGUUCCGGUGCUGCUGAUGAGAGUCCUAGCGGCGAUGGAGAGGCGGCCGCGCCGGCGUCUUCCAGCUCCUCGGAGGAAGCGGCGGAGAAGCCCUCCUCCUCCUCCGCCUCGCGGCCGCCGCCGCCUGCGGACACAACAAGUAGCAAAGUGAAAAAGAAGGGCCCGAAGCGAAUCAAGCAGGCCCGGUUUGCAUUCAUGACUAAAAGUGAAGUUGAUCACCUUGAAGAUGGGUACCGGUGGAGGAAAUAUGGUCAGAAAGCUGUCAAAAACAGCCCCUUUCCCAGGAGCUACUACCGGUGCACCAACAGCAAAUGCACGGUGAAGAAGAGAGUGGAGAGAUCCUCUGAGGAUCCCACGGUGGUGAUCACGACGUACGAGGGGCAGCACUGCCACCACGCUGUCGGCUUUAGAGGCGGCUUCAUUGGCCACGAGGCCUCGGCAUAUAUGGCCCGGUUGAACCCUUUAGCCGUGCAGUCAUAUCUCCCCGGGCUCGCAAACCAAUCAUAUACUUUACCCAUACAGUCACCUCAAAACCUGACACACAACAUCGAGUCCCAUGCAUCGCCGGACCCAAGUCGUGGCCCUACACCACCACAACUCCCUCCUGAUGAGGGAUUGUUAGGCGACAUGGUGCCUCCUGGGAUGUGGAAUAACUAAGAAGUGACCAAAUUGAAGGUAAUGGAGGAGAUGAUGAUGGAUGUAUUAUACUUUAACUGCCGAAGGAGAAGAUAAUAGCAGCAUGCAGUCAGCAGAAGGCAAGUUCUUUUACGUAGUACUUGCGCCUAAUUAAGCCUUAAUAAUUAGGGUUUAAUUAUAUAUAUAACCCUUGAUCAAUAUAUAUGCAUGGAGGCAAUUAAGCAGCAGAUUUAGGUUAGCUUAUAAGGUUUAUAAUUAUUUGUUUUGUAAUUUUUGAAUAUUUUUCUUCAUUGAAUUAAGGUUGAUGUCUGAUUAUUUAAUACUUAAUUGCUAUUUGGUCUAUUGAAAUAUACGGAGUAUGUUUUUAA